AAUGGCGGAAUUGGGGGAAGAUGUGGAAUCUCUGCCCCGCGGGGGCUUUCGCUGCCGCCUUUGCCACGUGACUGUAGCCAAUAAGCCCAGUCUGGAUGACCACUUGCAUGGGAAGAAACAUCAGCGUUUGGAAAAUCUCCGCACUGUCCGCCAGGCCCAAGAACUUCGCAGCGUUUUUGUCAGUGGCUUCCGCAAGGGGACGCUGGCCUCGGAGCUGAGCGAUUAUUUCCAGGCCUAUGGGGAGGUGGCCAAUGUGGUGAUGGACAAGGAUAAGGGGGUUUAUGCCAUUGUGGAGCUGCAGAACAAGGAGGUGCUGGAGAAAGUCUUGGCUCAACCCCAGCAUAGCCUGGGGGGGCAGAAGCUGCGGGUCAAGCCUCGGGAGAAGAAGGAUUUCAAAUACACUCCCCCGAGGAAGCAGGGCUCAGCCAGGCGAGAACAGCUGAGCCCCGAGAAGCUGGCGCAGAACUUGUGCCAGGCUGAUGAUGUGGAUGCCCAGAUGGCUUUGAUGGUGCAGCUCUUUGAGUUUUCAGAGAGCGAGCGACGCCUGCGGGACUUGCUGGUCAGUCUCAUCCAGGAGGUGUUCCUAGAGUUUUUCCCUGGUUCCGCCAUCCUCCCCUUCGGCUCCUCGGUGAACGGCUUUGACGUCUCUGGUUGUGACCUGGAUUUGUUCCUGGACCUCGAGAAGACAAAGAGCUUCCAGGCAUCUGCGAAGGGGCCUAGUGAGGCUCAGGCCGACAACGGAGCCAGUCCCGAACGGGACUCACGCUCGGAAGAUUCAAUCCUGAGUGAUAUUGACCUGGCCUCAGCCACGGUGCCCGAGGUGCUUGAGUUAGUCGCUACCGUGCUGCGUAAAUGUGUCCCGGGGGUGCACAACGUCCAAGCUGUGCUAAAUGCCCGCUGCCCGGUGGUCAAGUUUUGGCACAAGGAGUCCGGCCUGCGUGGUGAUAUCUCCAUAAACAACAAGCUGGCGCUCUGCAACACACGCUUCCUGCAGCUCUGCACCGAGGCGGAUGAGCGGGUGCGUCCCUUGGUCUAUGUCUUGCGCUACUGGGCAAAGCAGCAGGCGCUGGCAGGGAAUCCUUUCGGUGGAGGACCCCUCCUCAAUAACUACGCCCUGACCCUGCUAGUGCUGUUCUUUCUGCAGACGUGCAGCCCACCGCUGCUGCCCACGGUUGACCACCUGAGGGAACUGUCAGGCAAUGAGGAACAGACCACAGUCGAUGGCUGGGACUGCAGCUUCCCCAAGGAUUCAGCCCGGCUGGAGCCCAGCAGCAACACGGAAAACCUCUGCUCCCUCCUGGCAGAGUUCUUCCGCGUCUUUGAGAACUACGACUUUGCAGGCUGCGUGAUCUCGCUCCGGGAGGGCCGGCCGCUACCGCUGCCCAGCUUCCUGGCCUCCGAGGUGGGACACAAACUCAAGCUGGGGCCGUUCAACCUUCAGGACCCCUUCGAGCUGAGCCACAACGUGGCCGCCAACAUCAACGAGAAGACGGCGCUGCACUUCCGGCGCUGCUGCGGCGCUGCGGCCAAGUACUGCCGGAGCUUGCAGUACCAGCGCAAAUCCAGCAAGGGCAAGAUCUGGGGGCUGGUCCGCCUGUUCCAGCCAGGCAGCCAUGAGGCCGAGGCCCCAGGCGCCGAGGGCUUCGUCAUCGACCUCCCGCCGAUGCUGACGGUGCUGCCUGCCCAGUCCCAGGAGGUACUGUGCCGGGCUGGGGAUUUCCACCAGCGCUGGUUUCAGAAGGUCUGUACCGCCGUAGCCUUUGUCCUCAGGGAUGUGCUGAAAUGUAGCUGCGUGGAGACGCAGCAGGGAUCCCAGGAAGGAUGGGAAGCCACCGGAUCUAAGCAGGAAAAGGAGCAGCAAGAAGCCAAGACUGAGCAGUUGGCAGGGUCCAAGCGUUCCCUGGAGGAGGAGGACGACGACGAUGACAAUGACAAAGAAGGCGCUCCCUCCCCUCCCUCUAAGAGGUCGCGAGCCGACACUUUGCUCCCCGCCGGAAAGAGCGUGGCCUGGAACUGCGACGCCUGGCACCGGGUGUGGCUGGGGCGACGGCGUGUCCGCCGACAGCUCCACGGACUGGAGCUUGGCUCGGAACCAAAGUCUGGCUCCUUGGAGCUGGAGGCCAAAGUAUCCAAGGCCAUUUCGCAGCAGGAAGGGGAAGCGGCAGAGCCUCUGUUGCGGUUCGUGGCGUGCGCCCGAGCCGGGGACGGCAUGUCUGGAGAGCAAGCUGCACGCAUCAGCCUGAGCUUCGCUCCGGCCCCUGAACAGGCCGCCACCUUCCAGGAGUUCUUCCACUUCCUGCAAGGUUUUUUGCCCCGUAUGGUGGAGCAACACCUGGCAAGUGUGGCCUGAGGCGCCCGUGUUUAGUGGAGACACCCUCACCAAGGAGGACACUAUUGAGCCGCAUUUUUAUGGACAGUUUUACAGUUUUGUGUAUAUUUAUAUUUUUCUCUUACCGCCCGUGAGAAUUAAAGCAGUGAAUGGCAAAA